UCGGUCGUCGUAGUCGUUGUUUGUCGCCGCCAACGCUUGCUAAGGAGCUGCGGUGCCGUGAUCAUAACAUACAAAACAGCGGCUGUGAGCUGUCCAGUUUGCAUCGCAGUCAACUUGUGCUUUUGUUUAUUAUCUCGCGUUCGCGUUUCGCGUUGUACGGUUUGGGCUUGACGAUUAUUUCAUGUACGUGAGCGGUCAUGAACAUGAUUAUGAUGACAUUUUAAUUUCAGUAUUAUCGCGAUAUCACACCCGUUCGGAUGGUGUUUGGAUUUACUCCGCCGUGUGUUUUUUCUCCCUUUACUGUGAUAAGGCGUGAAUGAUGUCCUUAGACAAAGUGUGACCAGUUUAUUGCCGGAUGGGAAUCAAGUGUUAAGCCAAACGUGCUGGAAAAAAAGAAAUUUUAUACAACGAAGUGAAGGAAAAUAAACGAAUAGUGAAGACUUUAUAGGAGUCUUCUUCCGACGGUGUUGAGAAGUGAAGUUCUAUUUAAAAGUGAAUCCACAAAUAGCUGAUCGCAAAAUGAGAUAAUUGUUGUGGUUUUGAAGUGCGAAGUAGACAAUGAAUUUGGACUCGUUGCCAAGACCGGAAACUAUUCACGUUACUGCACCGGGUGCAACGACUCGACCCUCACCUCAAACCAUGCCACAAAGGUCACCUUUUGCAAUUCAGGAACUUCUAGGGCUCGGCAGCGACAGCUCUCGGUCCAGUGGUGUUGUGUCCGCUGUUACACCUUCCCUGUACCAUGGAGUGGGUCAGACGCCGUUUACAGCAGAUCCGCACCAGAUGCAGAUGGCUGCCUCUCGAAUGGCCUACUUCAAUGCUCAUGCAGCAGUUGCCGCAGCCUUUUUACCCCACCAGAUGGCAGCUAGCGCGGCUGGAGGUCCGCUGCAGCUUCAUCCACAAACUACGGCUGGCUUCCCUCACCUCAAAUCUACCUUUGGUUCGGCCUCCAGCCCAUGUUUACCAGGAGGAGUUGACCACAGCAAAGACUUCACGAUAGAGAACAUCAAUGGCUACGGAAAAAAGAAGAAGAAAAAGCGAAGGCACAGUCGGACAAUUUUCACCAGCUACCAGCUAGACGAGCUGGAAAAAGCCUUCAAGGAAGCUCACUACCCGGAUGUGUACGCCCGAGAAAUGCUUUCGCUCAAAACCGACCUGCCCGAGGAUAGGAUACAGGUUUGGUUCCAGAACCGGCGAGCGAAAUGGCGCAAGACUGAGAAGUGCUGGGGCCGAAGUACGAUCAUGGCCGAGUAUGGACUGUACGGGGCCAUGGUGAGACACUCGCUUCCGCUGCCGGAUACUAUCCUCAAGUCGGCCAAAGAGAACGAAAGCGUCGCGCCGUGGCUUCUAGGUAUGGAGAUGAAAAGUAUGCACAAGAAAUCAUUGGAAGCAGCUGAAGCAUUGAAAAGUUCCGAAGAAAAUAGUGACCGGGAGGAAACUCGGACAGAGGCCAGUGACAUAAGCGCUGGAUCUAGCCUAAAUAAUCAUGGACUAUCGCCCAUCAAAUCACCAGGCCUGUAUCCACCAGGAAGUACCAACUGUGGCAGUACAAGUAGUAGCAGUAGUAACCAUUUAAGUUCCAACUCCAACGGAGUUCUCAGCAGUCACCAUGGGGCAGCUUCAGGAAGUGCCCUCUCGCAUCUAUCACCUGGCUCGGCUAGUUCGCCUAUCAACAGCCCGUCGGCUGCAUCGAUAACUCCACCACCACCAGCAUUAUCUGCGGGUUCUUUGGCAGGACGACACCGGACAUCUCCAAUGAUGCAAUCCGGAGGCAUUCUUGGGUCGCACCACACCGCACAUCAUCCUCACCAUCACCAUUCGCAUACAUCGUCGUCGACGUCAUCCGGCAUGAACCCCUCGCAGCAUCACAGUCCCAUUGACAGCAAGGAGUUCAAGCUGACAACCGGUACGACCAGCCCCACGAGUGCUAAUUCCGGACCCACCGGGAGUUCUGCUACUAACAGCUACCAUCCCGAAAACGACCCCGAAGUGUUUAGGUGGGUUGACUACCGCGAUCCUGUCUCCUACAUACGAAACAACUCCAUCGCUUGUCUACGGGCUAAGGCUCAAGAACACCAGGCCCGGCUGCUAAACAGUGGACUCCUGCUUCAGGUUCGAUCGCUGGCGGGCUUACAAAACCCCUUGCACCAUCACCAACAACAACAACAACACCAUCAAAUGCAGCACCAGAAUGCAUCAUCAGCUUCCUCACCGGGCGGCAGCAAUCAUCCGGCGUGUGACACCAACGGCAACAAUUUACUGCUCGCGGCCAACGCAGCCCAACACCAUCAACAGCAGCAGCAACUUCACAACUCCUCGGCGAGCGUCGAAGGCCUAAACUUGGCGGCAAUCGAUCAGCAACGGUCCGAAGCCAACAGCAGCAACGGAUCGGCCAUCUCGAUCAAGUGUCGCAGCAACAGCCCCAAUGUGGCCACCUUUUGACAUUAGAACUUGCUCAUUGCAAGCGGAUAAUGACAAAUUCUGCCUUUUGUGAGUUCUGUAACAUAAUAGGCCUGGUACAAUCUGCGAGAUCAAAUCCCAGUCAUUAGUAGUAGGAAUGCUGUUUGAGUAUAGAAAGAUAAGGCGCAAACUUUUGAUUACUCCUUCAACUAGAGCAGAUUAGAAUAUGGCUUAUGUAUACAAAAAAUAGAUCUCAUAUUUUAUGUUAUGGCUAAGAAAUACAACAUCGAUGAUAGUUUCAGCACAGUUUAAGAAUAACAGAUUUUUCUAUUUUAUGUUUUCUUGUAAAAUUUGUCCGCAUAAUCUUGUACAUUUCUUAUGAAUACAAAACCAGUGCAAUGUGUUGAGUAAAUUGUUUCGUCAGUUGCUAGAAAAAUUUAAGGAAUUGUGUAUAAAGUCAGCAAACAUGACGUCUGUGUUCCUAGCUCAGCAUGUGCAGACAGUGACGUAACCUAACGCAAAAAAAUACAAUAAACACUAAUAAAAAUAAUAAUCAGACUAUGGAGGACUCUUCUACAAGGUUACGUCUCUGAAUGUAGAUUGAUUGACUAUUUUCGAAGAAAAAAUUAAAUGAUAUUUUUAAAUAUGCUCAAAUGAGUUCUGCAGUUAGAUUUAUUCACAUGUUCAAGGUAGCUUCUGAACAGAAAACAAUAACAAUAAUUGGCACUAACAAUCUAAGACAAGCAAAAAAUUCACUUCAAACAACGACAACGGCACAACAAAAUCUAACGAAAAUCGUUAACACAAAAUGUACAUAAGUUCUAUUUCAAUGAACAAAUUUCAUUGUACAGUGUGAUUAUUAUUUAUCGCAUUUAGGUAUACAACAGCGAAAAAAAGCAUCUAACAAAUGUAAUGUAGAGAAGCUUUAAUCAAACAUGCAUCGUACUUAUAGAAAACUAAAUUUGUUCAGAUCAUAAAGAGCGAACAUGAAGAGUAUAGUCUUCUAGUUAAGCAAACGAAUUUAAUAAUAAUUACUCUGAACUUGGCGAAUGUGGAAUGUCCGAGAAAUUUGAGAACGGUUGCCAUGGACCGUGUGAAUUUUAGGAAUGUGUUCAUCGAGUUAUGUCAUGGACGGAAUACUAUGUAAAUACAUUAAACACUGAACAUAUACUCAUGAAAUAUGAAAAUCUUGUAUAGAAAAAAAAAAAAACAUGCGAAACUAAUACAUCUUGACUCAACGUAAAUUACACUAAGAAACAACUAUAUUGUCAUCAAUGUAAUAUU